AUGCUGAGGCUCGCAGACGUUGUUGCAACUCUGUGCACCUUUGAUAUCACGGAGAUCGCUUGCGCCUCACUCCUUUAUGAGAACUUGAAAGCUGAAGAUGCUCGCGUAAAAAGUUUGGUCAAGCGACUCCUGGUGGAGGAUGAGGACCCCGUAGUAGGCCUGGUGGCGCACUCAAUCCUCUUCAAACGGAUGAUGCAACUUUUUUGGCCCAAAGAUCGGCUACGACAGGAGGAAAUUCGGACGGCACUGCGGAAUGGGGCAGCGCAAGACACAGUGGAUCCUUACGAAGACAAGGUGAUGAACUGUGGCACCCUGGUUCUGACCUUCCGGUACCACUCUGGAGGUGCCGAGAUCGUGAAAGCAGUCUUCCUAUUUGAUGGCCACAUGGAGUCUGCUUUAGCCUGCGAUCGUCAAACCCAGGACCCUGAUGAUGUUGACAUCCAAGAGGACAAUGAUCCUUCUCCUCAUUCACCACAUUCACCUGAAUUGCUUUGA